UAAAGAGAGACACAGAUGAUCAGAUUCAGCUUCAGACCAAACUAACACCUUCCUCUAAAUGAGUCCAGCUACAGGAGAGAAAAGUGGAAACUACAACACUGCUGCUUCAAGCUGCUGACUCUCCACACACUGAAGCUUCACUCAGAGACUAAAUGGCUUCCAGAUCAGAGGAGGAUCUCUGCUGUCCGGUCUGUCAGGAGGUCUUCAGAGAUCCUGUUCUUCUGUCAUGUAGCCACAGCUUCUGUAAAGUCUGUGUGAAGAACUGGUGGAGACAGAAUCCAUUACACCAGUGUCCAGUUUGUAAGAGAAGAUCUUCAAGAGGUGAUCCACCUUCAAACUUGGUGCUGAGGAACCUGUGUGAGUCCUUCUUACAGGAGAGAGAUCAGAGAUCUCCAGAGGCUCUCUGCAGUCUGCACUCUGAGAAACUCAGACUCCUCUGUCUGGACCAUCAGCAGCCAGUGUGUCUCGUCUGCAGAGAUUCAGAAAAACACUCCAACCACAGAUUCAGUCCCAUCGAUGAAGCUGCACCAAAUCCAAAGAAGAACCUUCAGGAAACUCUGGAGCCCUUAAAGAAGAAGUUAAAGGUUUAUGAAGAAGUUAAAGUGAAGUUUGAUGCAACAGAAAAACACAUCAAGGUCCAGGCCCGACACACAGAGAGGCAGAUUAAGGAGCAGUUCAAGAAACUUCACCAGUUUCUUGGAGAGGAAGAGGAGGCCAGGAUGGCUGCACUGAGGGAGGAAGAGGAGCAGAAGAGUCAGAUGAUGAAGGAGAAGAUGGAGGCUCUGAGCAGAGAGAUAGCAGCUCUUUCAGACACAGUCAGAGCCACAGAGGAGGAUCUGAGAGCUGAAGACGUCUCAUUCCUCAACAACUACAAGGCUGCAGUGGAAAGAGUCCAGCGCUGCCCCCUGCUGGAUGAUCCACAGCUGCCCUCAGGAGCUCUGAUAGACCAGGCCAAACAUCUGGGCAACCUGGCCUUCAACAUCUGGAACAACAUGAAGGACCUGGUCUCCUACACUCCUGUCAUUCUGGAUCCAAACACUGCUCAUCCAGAACUGAUCCUGUCUGAAGAUCUGGUCAGUGUGAGAUUAGGAGAUGAACAACAACUUCCUGAUAAUCCAGAGAGGUUUGAUUAUUACUGUUCUGUCCUGGGCUCUGAGGGCUUUAACUCAGGGACUCACAGCUGGGAUGUUGAUGUUGGAGAUAACGCAGCCUGGAUACUGGGUGUGUCAGCAGAGUCUGUCCAGAGGAAGGGAGACAUACGAUCUGGAUUAUGGACAGUAAGGUUCCAUGAAGGUAAAUACUCAACAUGGUCACCAUCAGAUCCUGACACUGAUCUCUCAGUAAAGAAGAAGCUCCAGAGGAUCAGAGUGAAUCUGGACUGGAACAGAGGAAAUCUGUCCUUCUCUGAUCUUGAUACUAACACACACAUACACACCUUCACACACACUUUCACUGAGAGGAUGUUUCCAUUAACUUUCAAUGGGGAUAAACUCCCAGUGAAGAUUUUACCAGUGAAUCAGAUCAGUUAGAGAUAAACAGGAUGAUUAUAAAUGUGUACUGGGUUGUAACAACUAAUCAGUGUCAGUGAUCAUAUAAGUUGUAGUUUUGUCAUCAUGAUGUUAAAGAAGAACCAGAUGAUGUUUAAGAACAAGUCAAAGUCCUGACCUUCAUCCAGUAGAAAUGUUGGAGCAUCAGUUGAUGAUGAUGUUGAGGAAACCACCAACAUCUCACAACUCAGCUGGUUCUGAUCUGAAUGGGAUCAGAUUAGACCCUGAUCAGCUGUUACCACAAAUAUUUAGUCUAAAGGACUCGUGGACUCACACACUGGGCACAAGGACAUGAAUAUGAACUUCUUUUUCUGAUUAAACAAAGACACAAGUCUAAUAUUUUGAUUCAUGUGUUUGAUUGGGUGCUAUCUCUGUCUACUUGUACUGCUGUGUGAAAAUCCUCAGAUGUUUAGAUUCUUUUUAUGUGAAAGUGUAGAAAGAAUGAAUUAUGGAAACACAUGUUUGGUAAAAUAUAAAAAUACAAAAAACAAGCCAUGAUUUGCCAUGAUC